AAACCAAAAUCAAUGGCUCCAAAACUCACUACUGCUAUUGAGCUCUCAUGAAGCAUAAAUCCAUGGCCAUCAAUCUCACCACUGCUUCUCUUCACCCAUCACCUUCUUUUCUCACCCUCAAACAUAACAACCUCAUCAAAUUCUACCAUCCUUCUUCUUUAAACAAAACAUGUGCUCAAUCACAAGGCACUGACACUGGAGUUACACAAGAUGAUGCUUCUACUGGAUCUUUAUCUUCUUCUCGUGCACAGCUGGAUCUUUUGGAACAACUUACGUCUACAAGCUCACCUACUGGUUAUGAAAGUGAUGGAAGCUCUGGCAAACUCACAAUCCGAGAGCAGCUUGCACAGUUAGUUGGAGAAAGGGAUGAUGAUUUCAGCAUACCAUUAGGUAAAAACUUGAAGAAAGUGAGUGCAAAGUUCUUGACCAUUUCACAAAAGAGAAAUAUCAAGAGACAAGCUUACCUAGAAGAAGUGUCUCAAAGGAAUGAUUCAGUAUUCUUUGCAACCAUAGGAGCAUUUGUGAUUCUUCCACCUGUUAUAAUACUAGGAAUAGCUAUAUUAACCGGCUAUGUACAGCUUUUUCCUUGAAAAUUUGAAAUAUGAUAUAUAUAUAUAUAACAAUACUUAAUAGAAUUUCAUGGCUUCUUGU